AUGCACCUGCGCCGGAAGGUGCCAAUAACUGGCGGCGUUUAUGGCGGUCCAGAACCUGCUGUUCGCGGCAAUCACACAACCUCGUCGAAGCUCUCGUCGCUCGACAAUAAGCAAAUCAACGAGAUAAGCAGGUACAGAUACAAUGAGUGAUGAGUGUAAUGUACGUGUGUUGCGAGAGCGGCGGCUCAAUCGUCGACAGCUUUCGGGCGUGAGAAAAAACGCGGCCCGCUGCACGUUGUUCAGCUCCAGUAUCUAUCCAUGUACUGUAGUAUCGCAUUUCGUGCUUCACUCAGUUCUAGCGCUUGGUUACGGAAGUGUGGCGCUGAGACGACUUUGAACCUUCAUGGAACCGAGUGA